AUGACCCAACUCAGCAACGCUGCUAUCAUUGUCAUCGUCAUCGUCGCCUGUCUGGCUGCUGUGUCCCUCGGUGCUGCGCUUUCUCGCCAAUAUUCCCCCCAUGAUGACCUCCAGCGAUCUGGAUACUCUCGCGAGCAAGAACUGUACAUGCGAUCCGUGCGGAUGAAAAAUAUGGGCAUAUUCCGUCGCGAGUCGGGGCCGCCAAUGAUGACCAAGGAUCUGGAAUCCGCAUCGACUGCUGGGGACUCAUCGCGCUACUAAAAUCCCCUGCGCGAAGCAAUCAAAGAAUUGAGUUAACGAGGCACUACUAUCAGUGCUAUUCAUGAAGGAAUACUGGCGGCGUUCAAUAUCGGGUGUUAGGAGGACAUAUCAAAUUCGCAUGUUAGGCUGGGCCUUGCACUGGAUAUCCAACAGGUAUAUGAGCGAUUUUAAGUGUAUAACUCUACUUUUAUGAGGAAUGAAAUAUAAAGUAUCUAAGUUAGAUAGUCAUGAUGAUGCUUGUCUUGCAGCAGCUAAACCCACAACCCCCCCCUUGGAGGCUUCCCCAAUAUAUC